AUGCUCCGCGUCGCCGUCGCGCUCGCAGCCGCCGUCGCCCACGUCCACGGCUCGAGCCUCGCGUACCUCGUCGCGCCCCUCGCCGACCCGCAUGGCUCGCCGCCCGGCGACGACGGCCGCGCCGCCUUCGUCCGCCCCGUGUGCCGCGCCGCCCUGCGCCUCCUCCUGUGGGCGACGGCCUGGGCAGGCAAAGGGCCCCUCGGCGCCCUCCUCGCCGCGAGAGCGCCCGCCGACGUCGCCCGCGCCCUGUCGCACGACGCCCUCCUGUGGUCGGCCUACCUCGCCGCCGCGUUCGGCCUCGCGUGCGAGACGUUCGUGCGCGCACUCGCAGACGACUCGGGCGUGUCGCAGCCGUUGAACCUCCUGUCGUUCUCGUUCCUCCUCCACGUCCACUCGUCGGCGGCGCGCACGGCGUCGCUCGGUGGCGGAUUCGGCCUCGCCGGCGACGACGACGUCUCGCCGUCGUCGGGAGCGUCGGCCCGUCACGCCGCCGUCGCCGCUGCCGCCCACAAGGACGCCGACGACGUGAUCGGCCUCGCGUCGGCCCAGCUCUACAUCUACCUCGUCACCAUCCUCCUCGAACUCGCCUCGCUCCAGCUGUCGUACUGCGCCCACUUCUGGAACGCGCCCUCGUUGUCGGCCCCGGGCACGGCCGCACCGCACCGCACCCGCACCUCGCCGCGCAAGUACCGCCUCCCGAUCACGGCCCUGUUCAGCCUCGUCCAGCAGGCGUUCGCGAUGCGGUCCUUCGCCGUCCUGUGGGGGUGGGUCGACGCCAGCCCCGAGCGCAGGAUGCUCGAGUCGGACCAGUUCGGCACCGUAUGGCUCAACAAGGUCCCCGAGCUGUGCUUCGAGGUCGUCGUCGCGUCGAGCGUCGCCGUCAAGGCCCUCGCAGCCGCCAUCCGCGGUGAAGAGCUCUCCUUCGACAACCUCGUCGGGCACCCCGUCAUGUCGCCCACGAGCGAGGAGGACUACCCGGUCGCCCUCAUCAAGUACGUGACGCACCUCCUGUCGACCACCCGCCUGUCCGGCCUCGCCCUCGAGCUUCACCCGCUCGACGUCCUCCCCCUGUCGCUUUCGAUCCAGCUCGAGACGCUCGGCCUCGUCGACCCGCCGUCCUGCGGCGACCCGCUCUGCGACCUUCACGGCCCGGCCGUCCGCGCCCAGCAAGAGCGCGAGCGCGCUCGAGCUCAAGGCGCCGGCGUCGUCCUUGGUCGCGCGGGCAACGUCGCGUUCGACGACGGGCCCGCCACCCUCGCGCCUCCCGGCCUCGCUCGCGAGGUGCGCCGCAUCAGCGUCGCCGGGAUCGAGGGCGACGACGCCGACGCGCAGCACGCCGGCGCGGGCAGGCGCAGCACGGCGAGCCUCGCGCACCUCGAGGGCGAGCGCAAGAACGCCCUGUGGCGCUUGAUCGUCCUCGUCGCGCGCUGCGCGCUGUACGUCGUCUGGCGCGUCGCGACGACGGUCAAGCGGGCGGCGAGGCGCGCAGCUUACCGCGGCUCGCGGUGGGCGAGGCGGGCGGCGGCCGUCUUUGGGUGGAAGAAGGACGAGACGGCGCUUGAGCGCAGGUGGUCGGCCGAGCGCCGUCGCAGGGGCGACACGCCGCUCGCGGCCGCACCGGUCGUCGAGCUCGAGCGCGCGGCGGAAGAGGACGGCGAGUCGACCGACGACGAGGACUGGGUGCCGUCGAGCGCGUCGGCCGAGGGCGACGACGACGACGGCCCGUCGUCGAGCGAGUGGGAGUCUGACGUCGACGACACGUCGUCUCGCGUCUGCCGAGGCCGCUCGCCGACGCCCGCACCCGACGCCGACGACGCCGACGUGCCGUACGCCCUGUUCGCCGACGCGGGCCCGGACGGCGAGGCGCUCGCGCCCUACCUCCUCGCGCACCAGGUCGCGCGCACGGCCAGCCGCCCGCUCACGCGCAGGCGGUACCGCUCCCUCCUUCCCUCGUCGUCGUCGGGCGCCGCCUCGUCCCGCACGUCGCACGCGCCGCCGCACGACCCGGUCGAGGCGCUCUCCACGGCCAUUGCGGCGCGGCGCGGCGAGGUCCUCGCGAGCCUGCCUGGGGUGCGGCCGGCGGCCGAGGAGCUCGAGGCGGCGAGGGACAAGUGGCGCGACGAGCGCGCGAGGUUCUGCGUCGUGUGCCAGGUCGAGGACCGCACGAUCGUCCUGUGGCCAUGCCGGUGUCUGUGCCUGUGCGAGGACUGCCGGGCGUCGCUCGCCGACCGUGCGACGGGCGGCAACGGCGGGCAACAGCCCGGCGCGCCUUCGAGCGGCGGUGGAGCGCUGUGCCCGACGUGCAGGAGCGAGGUGCAGGGCUUCAGCAGGAUCUACGUGCCGUAGCGUAGCGAGGGCGCACGCGUGCACUGAGUGUUGUUUUGCCGCU